AUGCACGGCAGAAGACGUGACCAGCUCCCUGUCCUCUCAAAAGAGAAGCAGGAGGAGCAGCGCCAAAAGAUUCGUAUGGCCUUUGAUUUGCUGCAGCGCCUCCUCAGUCAGCGAUCUGCAGGCGUACGUACCCCCGACGUCCUGCCGGCAACACGCAAACUCCUUGAAUUCCACCCCGAACUUGCGACUGUUUGGAAUUACCGAAAAGAAAUUCUCAGCAAACUCAUCAUCCUCGCGCAUCAACAAUUAAGUGCCACUGGGACUACAGGCAGCAGCAGCAACAACAACAACAACUGCAACACAAACAACGACAGCAGCAACAGUAGAAUUAGCAGCAAUAACAAUAGCAGCGACAACAACAGCAACAGCAGCACCCACAGCAGCAGCAGUGGUAGUACUGUUGGCGUGGCACAGGCGGAUGAGGUGCUUGUGUGUGGCUUGCUGCAAGGUGAGUUGCAGUUUACAGCUUCUUUGUUAGCAAGAGGAAACAGCAAGUCCUACUGUCUAUGGCUGCACCGCGUUUGGGUGCUGGCGCGGCUGUUGGAACUGCAGUUGCAGCCCCUUCUGACAUACCUCAAACAAAAUGACUCCGUUGUUCUUGAGCAGCAGCAGUACGAGCAGCACCACGAGCAGGAGAAUGCGCACCAGAACGAGCAGCAGCACGAGCAGCAGCAGCGGGACCUGAGUGGUGAUGCAUCAUCGAGCCUGGAAGAAGGCAUAUCGUUGUUGCAGUUGGAGUUAAGCGCAUGCGAUAUGUUGCUGAAGCAGCAUGACAACCGAAAUUUUCACUGUUGGCAUCACCGAACAAUGACCACCGUUUGGCUGGCUGCCCUAGAGACGCUUAAAGAGAAGCUCUUCAAGACACAGCAGCAUCAACAGCACCAAGCAUGGAGCAAGCCAAGCCUUUUGUUGAGCGGUGGCGGCUCCUUUGCGUUGGGGGGGCUUUGCUUGUCUUUGAUUGAAAAUGACCUCUCGAAUUAUUCUGCCUGGCACUUCCGCCGUCUCCUUGAAGGGCCCUCGAACCCUGAAGAAGAGCUUAACCUCCUCUGGAAGGUCCUUCGGAAAAACCACGGAGUGCCUGCCUCUGUGGGGCUGUACACCGACCCGGGUGACCAAAGUCUGUGGCAGUCGUACGACCGCCUUCUGUCGAUAACCCGGAACCAGCUGGAGACUUAUUUGUUGUCUGUGCGUUUCGCCGCCCCCUCAGGAGGCCUGCCUGCUUCGAUUUUUUUCUUCUUCCGCCUGCCCUGCGCCUUAUGCCCCCGGGGCUCGCAACUGCUGCUGCACUUACCCAAUACAUCCGAACAAAUUCUGCUCCAAGGACACUGGAAGCCUCUGGGGUCGCUACAUGUGUUGCGCGUCAGCACCGGCAGCCCGCGUCCGGAUCUGGAUGGCCCUGCUUUGUCUCCAGUGUGGCAGUUUGUGCUGCAACCCCCCGAUGCUUCUGGCUCGUCCACUUCUUCUACAACUGCAGACCCUUUCUACGGUGCAGGAGACGUCCGCCUCUUCGCGCAUUUGGCGCUGACGGCCUAUGGGGGGCCCGCAGCGGACGGGGGCGAAGGCAUAGACGAAUUUUACCUCCAGCGGCUGUUCUUAGCAGCACCCAAACUGCGAGCGCUACUGGGGAACCCAGAAGCGGACUGUGAUGACGAUACUGCUGCUUCUGAAGCGGCAGAGACAGCCAUAGGUCAACGAGGAAAGGAGGUGACGAAAGAAGUUCAGCAGCCAAUGCUCCCCUGGGUGUGCUACGCCAUUAAGCCGAAUACCACUGGGAGCAGCAGCAGCUGCUGCAGCAAUGAGGCAUUUGCACGGCGGCAAUCGGAAGAAGCAGAACCGCAACCUGGCGAGUCAUCCGGGGACGCAGCUGAGGCAGCUGCAGCAGCGGGGUCCACACUGCCUCCGCAUAUAUCGCGAGGAGUGGCGGAGGAGGAGUUGCGGCGGGUUGACGAGUUCUUGGCAGAGGAACCGAAGUGCUGCGAUGCGUAUUUGGUGAAGUCGCGAUUGCUGCGAGCGCUUAGGCCUCACGAUUUUCCUUCCCUCUGGGAAUGUAUCCUCCAUUUAAAGGACUGCGAAGGAAUAAACCCAUGGAAGUAUAUACAAGAGGAGCAGGCGUGCUUUGUGAGGCAACGGGUGUUCGAGUGUCUCCUAAGUGCCGAUGCUGGUUUGAAAAUUAGCAAGACAGAUGUAGAAGGGACAGGAACAAAUAAGACAGAAACAAAUAAGAGAGAAGUGACCGCGUUGAAGACCAGCUUACGAGAAGGGCCUCUAAAUACGACAAGCAUGCAUGAGGCGACAGAUACAAGGGCGGGGGAUUUGCUACUAUCUGGAGGGGGAAUCGAGCGGCUCCCCUACCCACUGCUUCUGGAGGCGACGAAUGCUGAAAGACUCUUUUUGUCCUUUAAUUGCUUAGAAGACUCGGCGAUGCUGGAUUGGCAUGUGCCGUAUUUACCUUUUCUCCGCGAGUUGUCUGUCGACAACACAUCGAUUUCUCGCCUUUCCCUUUUGCUGUUCUCCGUUGCUGAGCUGCCACGACUUGAAAGAGUUAAUGCUGCACGCACGAAACUCCUUCCGGUGGAAGACGAUCCCGCGCUCGAUCUUGAGGGACUGAAAACCGCCCUUUGCAACUCAGUGCUUAAGUAG